GUAUACUAUUUCAAUAGUUGAACAAUAGUUGAAGAGGCAGAAAAUAACCAUCCCAUCCCACAAACUUCCAAAAGCUCUAUCAUUGUCAAUUUAGUUGGCAAACUGCGCCGAGAAUAGACCUGGGUUUCCUUACUUAUUACACAUUUUUCUUUUCAAGGACAUCAGUUUCCGUUGCUGCAACUAUAAAAAAACCGAGCACCCGCAUCCUUGCAUUGAGUUUCUGAAUUAACUUCAACGCGUUUAUUUUCAAUUCAUUGAACGAGUUUAUCGGGUUAUCUACAUUUCGUCGACAGAGACCAGAGAAUACAUUACAUUACAUUAGGACGAAACAAGUCGCUCUAGUCCGCCCAACUAUAGGUAUCUCCUAUAGCCGGUUCCGUAUCAUCCAAGUACUCCAACCCACACUCCUCGAUUCUACCAUCGACAUCGACAUCGACAUCGACUUUCGACUUUCGGCAUCGACAUUGAUCCCUUCUUGGCUUUUAUACCAGCCAAGAUGAGGGAAGUCAACUUUAGCAUCCCUAAUGUCAAUAAGGCAUCGGUGGGCAUCACCACUGCCUUAUAUGAUCGCCGGGCACUCGACUGUACAUCAACUCUUCCUUUAAUCAACUCUCUUAAUCACCUCGCCUACCUCACCACCUCGUCAGCCCGCAUUCGCGAUAUUUUGACGGUCGAUGGCGGCAUCGAGAGACUGGUCUGCAUUUUGAAACAGGGACGAAGUAAGGAUAUGAUGGACAUGUGGAAAUGGAAUCUUGCUUUCCAAUGUGUGGUGAACAUAGGAGUUCGCGGGACCGAAAACGUGAGGACUCGAGUCGUCGAAGCUGAUAUGGUUCCUGUCAUCGCAACCAUCCUCGACAAUUACAUCAAAGUUAUCGAUAAAUGCCGCGAAAAGGCAGAGGAGGCGAAGCUGAAACAAAUUGCUGACCACCACCAUCGUCAUCGGAGUCACAGUCAUAGAGAUCCUCCAUUCAAGUCAUCAUUUACCAAUCGACCUAGUCGUAUAGACCUAGAGCAGCGGGCUUUCCGCCGCCAGGCUCCGCCGCCCUCCAUUGAUGUCUCGGCUGCUUCCUUCGCAAGCACAUCGGCAGCGGCUGAGCAAAGUAAUACCGAACCUGUACCGGCUAUCCCACCGUUCGCCGUUUCGUCACCACCUGAUCGCCAAGCUUUCCCCAGUCAUCGUCACCACCAUCACCACCACCAUCAUCAUCAUCAUCACCACAGGCAUGAGAAUCGUCAGAACAUCGUCUCUCCAUCGCGGCAGAUCCAGCCCUUGGCGAGUGCGGUUCCUACCAUGGAGGCAGUGGACGGCUUCAUCCGCCCCGUUCGAGACAUCGACCGACUCCCGUCCAUGGUUCCGGUCUUCCAUCCCGGCCUUCCGUCGCAACCCACAUCGCCUACUACGCCUUUACCUCCGCCACAGCUACGCUCACCAACACUUCGGCCUACCUCGGUCUUGGCACCAAAUAGUCGACCUAGACGGCGUCCUUCCAUACGUCACCAGAACUCGACUACGGAUACGGAUGAUUUGAACGCAACUGAUAGCGUUCAAUCUGAUGAGUCCCAGGACGCUGAAAUGUCUGGCACCACUGAGAUUCCACCUACGGUUAACUUUCAGGAUAUCGCCAUGGAGGAAGGUGACAGCACUCUAGCUGGCUCAGCGCUCGACCUGACAACACCGACUGUCUCCGAGAUUCCCGAUGCGGGGACAUUCAAUAUAACACAUCGAACCCCAAUGGAUGGCAGUCUGCCAAAUAACGCUCCAGCCCCAGGACCAACUUUAGGCCUUUCUCCCAAUCGCCCCAUCGUGCCUACGCCUCAGCCAUCUCUACCAAACCACGCCAGUGUUCCUCGCUACCUUCUGGACAGGCCACUGCCCCCCAACCCACAAAUGUUGGCGGCAAUGCCUAGAGAAGAGGACGUUCUGAUGUCUCUUCAAUUGCUGGCAUAUGUGUCCAAAUACUGCAAUCUCAGGUCAUACUUCCAGAAGAGCCACGUGGUGCCACGGCUUCAGAUAGGCAAGGAGCUGCAACUGCUUGACGGAGACCAUGUGACACUGGAAUCUUUAGGUCCGCAAGAGUAUGAGGAAGAGUACCUUUUACCCAACGAUUUCAACAUUUUCCCUCUGGUUGAGAAGUUUACGGUGCGAUAUCACAGCAACGAUAUGCAAUACUGGGCUGGGGUUGUGAUGCGCAAUCUCUGCCGCAAGGAUGAUACGCGGGGUGGCAUUCGGCAAUGCGCAUACUACCAGUGUGGUAAAUGGGAGGAGUUCACGCGACAAUUCGCUAAGUGCCGCCGGUGCCGCCGAACGAAGUACUGCAGCAAAGAGUGUCAGAAAAGUGCGUGGGCAUUCCAUCGUCAUUGGUGUGUCGCUGCUUCACAAUGACCACGGUUAUUGUCCGAUAUUCUCCCCCUCCGUCCUGUCUCCGUCAUCUCAUUUGGCCCGGCGUUUUCAGCAUAAUGUCUACUUGAUCAACUUCAUUCAUGAGUUGCAUUGCAUGGCGAAAGCAAGCAUAGCACGAACAUGGCGUCCGCGCUUUGAUACCAUUGGUUUUACUCAGCAUUACGGUUCUCCUUUGUUACUAUCACCGCCCUCGAUCGGAUUCUUACGAAACGCGGUUCCCUUUUCUUUUCUUUUCUUUUUUUUACAAUUCGCUCUCGAACGCCUCAUCCCAUAUUUG